AUGGCUGGGGGUCCCUGUUCCACACUGUGUACCCUGUAUACGUAUGUGUACCCGGUAUACGUGUACCCUGUAGAUGUGUACCCUGUAGAUGUGUACCCUGUAGAUGUGUUCCCUGUGUAUGUUUACCCUGUAGAUGUGUACCCUGUAGAUGUGUUUCCUGUAUAUGUGUACCCUGUAGAUGUGUUCCCUGUAGAUGUGUACCCUGUGUAUGUGUACCCUGUAUAUGUGUACCCUGUGUAUGUGUACCCUGUAGAUGUGUUCCCUGUGUAUGUGUACCCUGUAGAUGUGUACCCUGUAGAUGUGUCCCCUGUAUAUGUGUACCCUGUGUAUGUGUACCUUGUAUAUGUGUACCCUGUGUAUGUGCACCCUGUAGAUGUGUACCCUGCAUAUGUGUUCCCGGUAUAUGUGUACCCUGUAGAUGUGCUCCCUGUAUAUGUGUACCCUGUAUAUGUGUACCCUGUGUAUGUGUACCCUGUAUAUGUGUACCCUGUAUCCUUUCCAUCUCCUUCCUUCCUGCCUUCCUUCCCUCCCGCCCUGGUGUCUGGGAAGCACCAGGACCGCCUGUCCCUGGCCAGAGGCUUCUACCUGGAGAAGAUCUUCGGAGGCUGGAGAGACCCUGGAGCCGCCUGA